UAUAUGUUUAAAAAGAGGGGAUUCGGUAAUUAUCAGCGACACCAGUUUUCCAUAACGGGACAGAGCCUGAGUAUCAACACUCAUGAACGGGGGAACAUUCGAUAAAGUAACUCUCUUAGAUGGACAGGAAUAAACUCGACGCCAACAGUAACUCCAUGCUCAACAACAUUUGCUUUGUCAAUAGUGUCAAGAAAAAUUACAGCUGUGUUAUUCACUCUAAAGGCAGACAUAAUAGACUCAAGCCACAUAGUCUCAGCCUCAGACGUUUAGCCAACGGUCCGUUUAUGGCACACAAAAGUGGAAACACUUCAGGGGUUUCAAAGUCAUCAUCGGAUUGGUUGAAUUAUACACGAUUCCAGGAGAUGUGUGUGACGCAUUAACACACGACAGCAUAAUGCAAGCUCAGAUUCACACUUGGAGCCUACAUACCUCCCUGAUAAACAUGCAGUACGUGGCCCAAAAGUAAAGCAGGAACAACAGCUCCAAGAACCCAUCACUAGAGAAAGCAAGAGCAAGAAAACAGAAAGAAAAAGAUCACUCACAGAGAGCCACCCGCACAAGCACCACUCCGUUCACUCGCCCUCAACAAUCACACCGGUAGUGAGAGAGAGAGAGAGAGAGAGAGAGAGAACAUCAGCACACAAGCAUUGGAAUCAAGCAGAAUAUGUGAAGGCAGCACAAGAACGAGGGAGAGAGAGACGUGUGGAGACAGAGAGAGACUGAGUGAUAGCGGGUUGGCAGGUGGACGGAUGAAAGCACUGGAGACCAGAAGAUGCUUCAGCUUUGUCAGUGUUUCCAGCAUCAUGAGGACGAUACAGAGCAACCUGCAAAAACAGACUUACAUAUCAGCAGCUUCUUUCUGAUUUAAAUCAAGCAGAACUCUACUCAUCUGGAUCACAUAAGAUCUUAACAACACCUGGAACAAAGGAAUACCAGCGAAACAAAGCAAACUAAAUAUAUUACACCUAAACUCCUCUAGCCAUCUCUUUUUUUAUGGUACGAUGGAACGGCUUCAACUCCAGGUGAACUAAUCUUGAUUUAACAAUAUGCUGUGGAUCACGUUCUCCACUGGGAGGAUCUUCUUGCGGGCAAGAGCACAUGGAGAGUAACGUAGUAAUACUUUGAUUCACAGACUCAAUUUCUUUUUAAUGAGCUGGAAUGCCUUCUCUCUGCCAAGAAUGAGAAGUUUAAUGAUGCUCAGUGAGCCAUGCCCUUCAACACCUGCACAGUCUCAGAGAAGAGCACGAAUCGAAGAGUAAUGCUCAUACUUAGAAUUCUGCAGAUGCAACAUUUUUGCCUUCGGAUUCCAAUUUUUCUGCUUAUUAUCUCGAAGUUCUAAAGGAACUGGGAUCCCUUAGAAGAUGGAGAUGAGACCCAUAUGAAGCUGUUGGUUUGGUGCAGAAAAAUUUUAAGGACAAUUGAAGGUUGUAGAAAAACAAGACUUGUGACCGUUUGAAAAUGUCUAACUUUAAAGCAACAUUAAGACAUUGAGUGACUUUUGGAAAUCACAUAUAGAAAAACCCAAUUUGGGUGCAAAACAUCAAAAAAUACAAAUCAACACAACUAAAAAAUGGCAGAGCUUGCUGGAUACAAUGGCAGUGAGAACUUUAUGUUCUCAACCGGUCUGCCUUUCAACUCUACUGGCGACUAUGAGUAUUACGAACCCGAACCCGAUGCCAGCAAGAUCAUCAUCCCCUCCAUCUAUGCACUGGUGUGCUGUGUUGGCGUUACGGGAAACGCCAUGGUCAUCUACGUCAUCCUCAAGUACGCCAAGAUGAAGACAGCCACCAACAUCUACAUUCUCAAUCUCGCCAUUGCGGAUGAACUCUUCAUGUUGAGCGUCCCCUUCCUGGCGACCUCAGCUGCGGUGCAUCACUGGCCGUUUGGCUCGCUCAUGUGUCGUUUGGUUCUCAGCGUGGACGGCAUCAACAUGUUCACAAGCAUCUUCUGCCUGACCGUGCUGAGUGUGGACCGCUACAUUGCAGUGGUGCACCCAAUCAAAGCGGCUCGCUACCGUCGCCCGACCGUCGCCAAAGUUGUCAAUGUUUGCGUGUGGGGACUUUCGCUGCUUGUAAUUCUGCCCAUCAUCAUCUUUGCGGACACGGUUCCGGCUCAGGACGGAGGAGUGGACUGCAACUUUCUAUGGCCAGAGUCCUCGUGGUCAGAAGCGUUUGUGGUCUACACGUUCCUACUUGGUUUCCUGCUCCCUGUGGCUGCCAUCUGUCUGUGCUACUGCUUGAUUGUAGUACGCAUGCGAGCGGUGGGUCUAAAAGCAGGCUGGCUGCAGCGGCGGCGAUCUGAAAAGAAGAUCACACGCAUGGUGCUGCUGGUGGUGGCCGUUUUUGUGCUCUGCUGGAUGCCGUUUUAUAUUGUGCAGCUGAUUAGUGUAUUCCGCAAGCCGCCGGACCCCAUGGUGACUCAGCUAUUUGUCAUUCUAAGCUACGCCAACAGUGGCGCCAACCCCAUUCUCUACGGAUUUGUGUCGGACAACUUCCGCCGCUCGUUUCAGCGCAUCAUUUGUUUCCGCUGGCUGGAGAACGGACUGGAUGCUGAGCAGGUGGACUACUGUGCAGUGGCCCUGCGGCGUCAGACCACAUGUGGCCCACCAGACUUUCCAAAGGAGUGCUUGGCCUCUGACAUGGUGUUUCGUAAUGGAACCUGUACCUCCCGAACAACCACUCUGUAAGAGGGUUUUCAGUAAGAGUGUUAUAGAUUAAAGGGAUAGUUGACUCAAAAAUGAAAAUCGUUAUUUACUUUCCUAACCUGUACUAACAGUAUUGGUUAUCAAUGAUGUUUAUUUUUGGGUGAACUGCCCCUUAAUCAUAUCAUUCAUUGAGACAUGAAGUCCAGACCAGUUUACCUAUCAGUAAGCCCCUCCCCUCAAACGCAGAUGAGCCAAUGGCAGUCAAGUAUCAGUUGCACGUGGACUGGAACUCGGACACCUUUAGAUUUCAGCGUUAUAGAGAAACAUUGGAAGAUUCAGAUAUUUCAUUGGUUUGAUGGUGUUUAUGCUGUAAAAAUGGAAAAACAAUGUGCCUGGUGUACUUGUUACAGAUAGGCAAUAGGAUUUAUUUGAUUAAAUUUCCUAAACCCAAACAAAACAGAACAAAAGUGUCCCUAAGCAUUCUCCCCCAAUCCCAAUGAAUAUGAAAACGUACAUUUUCUGGUUGCCAUACUGUCAUUAAGUUACAAUUUUCAUCUGCUUAAGCAGAAUGAUUAUGCCAUCUUGUGCUUCAGCAAGGUAUCUCUGAAAGACUCACUAACGUUAAAAGUUAGUGAGUCAGUUCUAAUGUACAAGCAUAAAUAGUGAAAUGUUUUCACGUCAUGUUCAUUUAAAUUUCACUAAUGUGACUGCAACUUAAUAAUAAGAAAAAGGGCGCCAAAGGUCAGAAAGGUCAGAAUAUUUGGUGAUCAGCAUGAAGUCAUUAGAGAAUAAGGAUAUGUUUUGUCUCAGUUUGCCUUAAAAUACUACAGAAUUUCCACCAAGAUUGGCCAGCAAGACAUCAUAAUGAACAACCAAUAGACCCCAUACUGUUCAGUGUGUGAUCGUUAUGUUAUAAUGUUAAUUGUAGAUAAUUGUAGAUUAAUGUUUAUAUGAAACAUAUGUUGAAAUGGUUACACGAUUGGUUUGUGGAUUCUGUGUACUUCUGAAUGCACAAUAUCAUCAUGACAAAAUACUCCAUUUGUUCUUGCUUAUGUUUUUGAGUCAAAUGAUUUGUCAGUCAGUGUCAGUGCCCAAAUUUGACUUAGUUUACCCUGCUUUGAAACUGUGUUGUGGGUCCAAAUUGCUGGUAUUUUAAAGUAAAUACAAUAAAAGUUGAUUG